AGUAAUGGCGAGAAACGUCGUAUGAAAAUGAUGUUGAGAGAUAAUUUAUUCUUUAUUAAAUUUAAAUCUCUUUUUGUAUGUAUAUAGCACAUUUUUUUUUCGCGUACUAGAUAUUUAGAAAUUGUGUUUGGAAAAAUUCGCGAAUGUAUAUCGAAAAUAGGGAAAAGGAUAUAAUUAUUUUUUGAAAAGUGCAAGAAAAAAAAAAAUGUCAAAAAAAAUCAUGUUUAAAACUGAGUGGUUGUUUUAUUAUACUUUAGCCGGUGUAAUAAGAUUUCUAUUAAUGAAACCAAGAUAUCAGGAAAUAAUUAGUGAUCGUGUGGAGGUAUCAACAUCUUUAAAUUCUUGGAAAAGAGUUACCGAGGGUGUUCAUCUACGAAAUUUUGGAAUAGAUCCAUAUAGCGGAGAUUUAUUUCACGAGACACCAUUAUGUCUAGAGGCAUUUAGUUUAAUGCAAAAAUUUUUAAAUGACACAUUUUUAAAAUUAUUUUUCAUUUUCACGGAUUUUACAACAGCAUGGCUAAUUGCAGCGACAGCAAAGAAUUAUUUCACUGAAGUGGUGAAACGUGAAAAAGAAGAGAUAAAAAUAAAUAAAAUUGAGAAAAAUCGACAAUAUCCAAUAUUACCUGAACGACCAUCAAUGCCACAUGUUGCAGCAGUUUAUCUAUUAAAUCCAUUUAUAAUUCUCAAUUGUGUUGGAUUAACAACAACAGUAUUUACAAAUUUUCUCUUUUCCCUUGCAUUAUAUUCAAUGAUAAAACGCUCAAUAUUUUUUAGUUGUUUAACAAUAUCAAUUCUCACAUUACAAGGUCUUUAUCCAGCAACAUUAAUGGUACCGGCAACAAUUUAUAUUUUACGUGAUAAAAAUGAAAAUGAAAAAUUCAUUUCAAUUAUGAAAAUAAUUUUCAUUUUUUUCACAAUUCUCAGUUUAUUGUUUUAUAUUUCUUAUAUUAUUGUUGGUAGUUUUUCAUUUAUUGAAAAUACAAUUGGUUUUAUAUUAACUGUACCUGAUUUAAGACCAAAUAUUGGAUUAUAUUGGUAUUUUUUCACUGAAAUGUUUGAACAUUUUCGUUGGUUAUUCAUUGCAUCAUUUCAAAUUAAUGUUAAUUUAUUAUAUGUUGUACCAUUGGCAUUGAAAUUAAGACGUGAUCCAAUGUUACUUGCAUUUUCUUAUUUGGCAAUUGCGGCAAUUUUCAAAUCAUAUCCAUCAAUUGGUGAUGUGGGUUUUUAUAUGUCAUUGUUACCACUUUGGAAGCAUUUGUUUCAACAUAUGCAACAAGUUUUUAUUGUCGGUUGUUUUAUGCUUUUUUGCACGGCAUUUGCACCGACAGUUUGGCAUUUAUGGAUAUUUUCAAGAUCGGCGAAUGCUAAUUUUUAUUUUGGCGUAACAUUGGCAUUUGCAAUCGCUCAAAUAUUUCUGCUCACCGACAUUUUAUUUGCCAGUGUUAAACGUGAAUUUGCCAUGCGUCAUGGUCUUCAUUUGGAAAUUAAUGGCGAAAAAGCCAAACUUCUACUUGAAUAAUAUUAAUAAUAAUAAUAAUAAUAAUAAUAAUAAUAAUAAUAAUGUAAAUAAUAAUUUUCACAGUAUUUUCCAAUUUUAAAAACAAAAAAUCAAUUAAAUCUAAGUCUUUAGAAAUUAUAUAUAUGUAAUUUUAAGAGCUCAUCCCGCUUUUUUUCUACUUCCAAAAACAUCGAAGAUUUAAUAAAGAAAAAAAAAAAACAAUU